UAGCCAGUUGCCAUGGUAACGCCCUAUUAACAAGCGCGCUUCAGUAGACAAUUAUAUCUCGGUUGCCAUGACAUUGACAGGCGAGUCAUUUUCACACCGCACCCCGGCCCGAUCGACGCGAUGUUCUGGGGAGUGAGUCCGGCGCUGGACCUGCAGCAGGAGUACCUCCGCCAGGGGGACCGAAAUGCCUUCGAAUUGAAUUUUCUCGUGAUCGGCGGCUGCGACGCGCGCCACCUCAUCAAGACGCUGUCGCAGGCGUACCGGCACAAGCGCCGCUACAUGAAUCUAUUCGUCGUGGACGGCUGCCCGGAGCUCGUUGCCAGACAGCUUCUCCUGCUCAGCUUGGCUCUCGAGAAGACCACGCGAUGCGGCCUCCUCGAGAAGACGCGAAGAUUUCUCGAGGUGUACGGCAACAUCCUCCUCCGGCCCUCGACGUCCAGGUACACGAUCGCCAAGGCGAGGCAGCUGGUGGGGAUGAUCUCCAACCCGGAUUAUAUGAGCUGCCUCCUGCCGUGCGUCUCCGUGGAUCAGCUCAAGUACCGCGAGAGGGACUACCUAGAGAAUCUGUUCUGCUUCUGGACGACGGGCAACACUAAUCAAUUCAACGCCUGCGAGCUGUGGGAGCACCGGCUGAGGCACGGCCUGGGGGUAAGGUACGACAGCCGGGCCGGCGUGUUCGACUGGGACUACCACAUGCGGCUGAAGGAGGUGGCCGGGCAGAUCUGUUUCCAGGAGUACAAACACUUCCGCGAGCACGGCGUGGCGUACACGUGGCUGGAGACGGAGGUGUGCCGGCCCAACGUGUCGUUCGCGGCGGGCGUGUACAAGUGCGGAGAGCGGUACCUGCACCGCGGGUACCUGGGCGACCUGGUCACGUCGCCCUUCGUCGGCUUCGGCCUGGACUGCGAGGACGAGGAAAUGCUGAAGUCGUCGCACGGGGUCAACCGCGAGCGCGCCACGGACGUCGCCGAGCGGAACGUGAUGCGCAUGCUGUACGAGCUCGAAAAUCGCCGGAGUUUCGACGCGGAAGCGAUGACAAUUGAAAAUCGGAGCCUCGGGGCGGCCGUCCUGACCUCCCUGGACGUGAGGAUCUCGGAAGCGGGCCCGGAGGCGCCGCUGCUACUGAGGGAGGACCGCGAGACGUACAUCAACGUGGACUUCGGCAAGGUGCACUUCCUGUCGCUGUCGGCGCUGGACCACUACCCGCAUAAGCCGCAUUUCCAGGGGUUGUUCCACGGGGUGUUCGUGGGGCACAACCUGCUGCCGCGGCUGAAGCCGAGCGUGUGGUCGAUGGCGCGAGACGACGCGACGGUGGUGAUGGAGUCGCGCAAGUACAUGGUGGAGCUGAAGCGGGAGGAGGUGCGCGGUUUCGGCGAGCAGAUCCAGCAAGCGGCCGCGGCGGCCCAGUGCAAGCCCGUCGCCGCCUUCUGCCCGGAGAAGGACGACUUCGCCAAGUUCGUCAUACGUCGAAGGAGUGAGAGUAUAGAUUUACCUGUAUAAUUUUUGCUUAAAAGUGUAAUUUUCUUUUUAUAGUGUUGU